UGGAGUGUAUAAAUAUAUGAUUGAUUCAUGGCUCGUCUCAUCAUCUUCUACUACUACUAGUAGUAAGACCAGAGAGAACGUAACCGAAACAUAAACACAUUUCUCUGACUUUAUAACUUUCGCUUUUUUUUAAUCUUUAAGCGUUUGAAACGUUAAAAAAAAAAAAAAAAAAAAAAGAGUAAUAAGAACCUCAAUAAUAAUAUCAUCCGUACGCUCUCUCUCUCACUCUACAGUCACAGACCUUUUCACAUUCUCCAGAGAUUUACAUUUUCUUGGCGAUUCUCUCGGAAAAAAUCGAUUUUGUAAUGACGAAUUGGUGAUACCACAAGACGAAGAAGGGAGAAUCGAAUUCGAUAGAUUCGUGUUCUUGAUUUUGAUUUGUGAUUCGAAAUAAAAUGGAUCCGUCGACUUCUAACAGCCGGAAACAACCGAGUCUCCGUCGAAGUCUCUCGACGCCGUCGUUAUGUUGCGGAGGAUCCACGACGGCUGAGUGUUGCGGGGGUACGACGGCGAGUUUCGCCGCCUUAUGUCUUUGCGCUCCUUGCAGCGUCGUGAACCUCGUCGUUCUCGCUUUUUACAAGGUCCCUCGAGGGAUCUGCCGCCGCGCAAUCCGCCGUAUGCGACGGAGAAGGUUAGCGAAAAAAGAGCUUUCGGAGAGUGGAGGAGAUUGCGAUCAGAGGAAGCUGGGUAAAGUAGGGAGUUCGCAUUUCGCUGUUCAUCCAUUAGAGAGCAAAGACGACGACGACGACGAGGACGGUUUAGAUGAUGAUGAAGCUGUGAUUGCAUUGGAGAAGGAGAUGUGGAACAGAUUUCACAGUGGAGGUUUCUGGCGAAGCCUUUCACGACCUGAAACGACGUCGCCUCAUUAAGGGGCCCCGGGUGAGGGUUUUUUUUUUUACUAUUCUUGUAGAUUUGUUAAUUGUAAAACCCAAAUGUGAUCAAUGUUGAUAGCAAUGAU